CCCACCCCCCAGGGCUGUCCGCGGCAGUGCCUGAGUGGCAACCAGCGUCGGGGACCUCGAGGGGUCCUUCGCGUGGGCUCCCGACGGACUGCCUGAGCGGGUGCGCGGGCGGCUUCCGGUGUGGGUGACGAGUGGUGGCCGAAGCAGGGGGAUAGCAAGGGACGCUCAGGCGGGGACCAUGGCGGACGGCGGCUCGGAGCGGGCUGACGGGCGCAUAGUCAAGAUGGAGGUGGACUACAGCGCUACGGUGGAUCAGCGCCUACCCGAGUGUGCGAAGCUAGCCAAGGAAGGAAGACUUCAAGAAGUCAUUGAAACCCUUCUCUCUCUGGAAAAGCAGACUCGUACUGCUUCCGAUAUGGUAUCUACAUCCCGUAUCUUAGUUGCAGUAGUGAAGAUGUGCUAUGAGGCUAAAGAAUGGGAUUUACUUAAUGAAAAUAUUAUGCUUUUGUCCAAAAGGCGGAGUCAGUUAAAACAAGCUGUUGCCAAAAUGGUUCAACAGUGCUGUACUUAUGUUGAGGAAAUCACAGACCUUCCUAUCAAACUUCGAUUAAUUGAUACUCUACGAAUGGUUACCGAAGGAAAGAUUUAUGUUGAAAUUGAGCGUGCGCGACUGACUAAAACAUUAGCAACUAUAAAAGAACAAAAUGGUGAUGUGAAAGAGGCAGCCUCCAUUUUACAGGAGUUACAGGUGGAAACCUACGGGUCAAUGGAAAAGAAAGAGAGAGUGGAAUUUAUUUUGGAGCAAAUGAGGCUCUGCCUAGCUGUGAAGGAUUACAUUCGAACACAAAUCAUCAGCAAGAAAAUUAACACCAAAUUUUUCCAGGAAGAAAAUACAGAGAAAUUAAAGUUGAAGUACUAUAAUUUAAUGAUUCAGCUGGAUCAACAUGAGGGAUCCUAUUUGUCUAUUUGUAAGCACUACAGAGCAAUAUAUGAUACUCCCUGUAUACAGGCAGAAAGUGAAAAAUGGCAGCAGGCUCUGAAGAGUGUUGUACUCUAUGUUAUCCUGGCUCCUUUUGACAACGAACAGUCAGAUUUGGUUCACCGAAUAAGUGGUGACAAGAAGUUAGAAGAAAUUCCCAAAUACAAGGAUCUUUUAAAGCUUUUUACCACAAUGGAGUUGAUGCGUUGGUCCACACUUGUUGAGGACUAUGGAAUGGAAUUAAGAAAAGGUUCCCUUGAGAGUCCUGCAACGGAUGUUUUUGGUUCUACAGAGGAAGGUGAAAAAAGGUGGAAAGACUUGAAGAACAGAGUUGUUGAACAUAAUAUUAGAAUAAUGGCCAAGUAUUAUACUCGGAUAACAAUGAAAAGGAUGGCACAGCUUCUGGAUCUAUCUGUUGAUGAGUCUGAAGCCUUUCUCUCAAAUCUAGUAGUUAACAAGACCAUCUUUGCUAAAGUAGACAGAUUAGCAGGAAUUAUCAACUUCCAGAGACCCAAGGAUCCAAAUAAUUUAUUAAAUGACUGGUCUCAGAAACUGAACUCAUUAAUGUCUCUGGUUAACAAAACUACACAUCUCAUAGCCAAAGAGGAGAUGAUACAUAAUCUACAAUAAGGGUCUUAAUGCUUUUAGGAAAAAGUUAAAAUUGGAAGUCAUUAAAAAAAAAAAGACUGUUAUAAUGGUGUAUAUGUUGGGGUUUUUUUUCUAAGCUUCUUUGUCUUAAAUUUUAAAAUAGUGAAUAUGUUUGAGACUCCCUUUGACCUUUCAGUUCCCCAAGUUCAUUGUUAACUUUGCAUUUGCAAUUGGUGCAAAAACACACAUUUCUGUCAUCUGAAUACACAAAAAGUUGUGUCAUAACUUACCCAGAUAUGUUUUUCUAUCAUUUGAAACCUUUUUAGCUACUGUUUGUUUUCAUUCAACUAACACAUAUUCCAAUAAUAAAAGCAGUAUAUACAUAUUUCCUUUCUACAGUUACCUCUGAUUCUAAACAUUUUGUGGGGUAGUGAUUUGGCAAGUGUUUUUUAAAUAAAGCAAAUUUCAUUAUAAA